AUGAGUGUUUCGGAUGAAGCGGAAGAUUUGAAGAGGGAUACAGAGCUGGAUGAAGUCGAUGGAGAGCAGGAAGAAGAGAACAACACUGAGGCACCGGAACCGUCUGAGCCACGUGCUUCGAAAUGGAAACCCGACUUUGAACUCGUCAAUUUUGAAGCUUCCAAUGCUUUGCUGUAUAGACUGUACAUACAAGGGGACUAUGUUGGCUGUAAGUCCCUCAUUGGGGAAAUGCUCGAGCAAAGCUCAAACCAAAGUGAGUAUGCUUUCUACAUGAGAGGAGUGAUUGCUCGAUCUGAGGGCGAACUGGAGGACGCUUUAAAUUGGUUCAAUAAAGCACUGGCUUUGUCUCCUAACUCUACCACGUACUUAAUCAACAUUGGACGAGUUUAUUUCCUCCUUGGAAAUCACACUCAAGCUGUCGACUACCUAGAAAAAGCUAUCAAAGCCAAUCCAAAUGAUCCCAAAGCUUACUACUGGCUAGCUCGUUCCAUUUAUCACCUGGAAACGGACCUCUUCAAUCCAUGUGAAAAAGCUCGAGAUCUUCUUAUGCAGGCCCCUUCUCUCAACAAUUCCGUCGAACUCAUCGUCUUCCUUGCCAAAUUGAUGUCUGAACUGAAUGAUACGACAGCUGCUAUCCAAGCCUAUGAAAGAGCGCUACAGUUGGAACCUGAGAAUCUUGAUGUGAUGUUCAAAAUGGGUAUGCUGUACUUGCGCAAUAACAACGAAGAUCCAGCUUUUGCCAUGUUUGGAAAAGCUCUUAGUUAUGACACUGCUCAUCAACAGAGCAUACUCGCAGCUGGUUCCAUAAUGCAGGUGCAUGGAGACCAUGACGUGGCUCUGAACAAGUAUAGGGUAGCAGCAGACGCGUGUGACUAUAAUGGUUGUCUAUGGAAUAACAUUGGCGUGUGUCUCCUUGCCAAGGGUCGACUAGCGCAAGCACAUUCUUGCCUGAAGAAAGCUUCAUUUAUUUGUCCACUGGACUACAAGAUAAAUUACAAUCUGGGACUCGUCCAUCACGCUAUGGGUCUUUAUUGCUCAGCUCUCCACUUUCUCAAGGCCGCGUCCGAGUUGAAGCGUGACGACGCACAGAUAAUUGGCGCCAUGGCAGUCGUUCUUUCUAACAUGAAUGAUGCAAAUAAUGCUCGUCGUGCCUACCAAAAAUCAAUCUCAGUAGAUCCGAAAGCUCAAGUUAUCCUCAACUAUGCCAUCUUCGAAUAUCGUCAAAAGAACAGAGACGUAGCCCGAGAUGCGCUUACACACUUCAAAACAGUCUCCUCAAUGGCCGGAGGUUGUAGAAAGGAUCUCCUCAGUAAAGCCGACCAAUUGGACGACGCGCUACUUUCCACACCACGUGAUGAAGAAGCAGCUUAA